AUGGCAACAGCAACACCCAGAGUCGAAGAAGACAGAAUUGAGCCCGCAGUCCUGCGACCAACAGAAGAGGUCGAAUUGGCCCAGUUAGCAGUCUCUAACUCCAAAGGAGACGAUCCCUUUCUUGUAACUUUCAGCGCAAAUGAUGCCGACAAUCCACUCAAUUGGUCAACCGGAAAGAAAUGGGCGGUAACAGAUGUCCUGUCCGCAACUGGCUUCAACCGCAUAAUGGUUUCCACCAUCAUGGCUCCAUCUCUUCCCACCAUAGCCAAGCAAUUCCAUAUGAACAGUGCGGAAGCCGUCAUGGCAUUAUCAAUUUACGUGUUAGCCAGUGCGAUUGGCCCGUUGAUCAUGGGACCAUUGUCAGAAGUCUACGGACGCGCCCCGAUUCUGCAUGCCUCUAACAUCUGGUUUCUUGCUUGGAAUAUUGCUUGCGGCUUCUCAAAUACCAAAGGCACAUUAAUUGCUUCACGAUUCAUGGCUGGUCUUGGGGCCAGUUCAAUCUACGCACUAUCUGGCGGAGUUCUGGGAGAUGUCUGGAGGCCUGAACAGCGAGGCAAGUCUCUUGGCAUGUAUCUGCUCAUCCCGGUGCUCGGCGCUGCCGUUGGUCCCAUAAUUGGAGGUUUCAUUGCCGCUCAUACAGACUGGCGAUGGUCGUUCUGGGCAACGUCUGCCUUCCAAGGCGUAAUGAUUCUCGCCUCAUACCUGACAUUCCAGGAAACCUUUGCCCCUAUCAUCCUUAAGAAACGUGCCGAAAAAUUAAGGAAAUCAACGGGCGACACACGCUACUACGCAGCAUUUGAGAAAUUGGAACAAGGAAAGAAAUUGCCCACCAUUUUGGCAAGGGCAGUUUCUCGACCAAUGCGGCUUUUGGUGACUCACCCUAUCAUCCAGGCGACUGCAGUUAUUUCCGGCUUCAGCUACGGCUUACUUUACAUUGUCCUAGCAACAUUCGCCGAGUUGUGGAUUGAGCAUUACGGGCAACGUGUUGAGCUCAGUGGUCUACAUUACUUAGCUUGUGCAUUAGGCGAAGUCUUGGGCUCACAACUUGGCGGUUACAUCAUGGACCAUACGUACAAAAGAGCUGCAGAGAAGGCUAAUGGAGUGCCUAAACCCGAGUCCCGCAUUCCAAUCAUGUUCGCGACUUACACACUCGUACCGGUUGGCUUGCUAAUCUACGGCUGGACAGCGGAAUACCGUCUGUCAUGGGUUGCUGUCGACGUGGGCAUAUUCAUCGUCAUGUUCGCCGGGCAAAUCGCGAGUUUACCUCUUCAAGCAUACGUGAUGGAUGUUUACGCCGAGCACACGAGUUCUGCCAUCGCUGCAAUGCAGUUUCUUCGCAGUUUGGCGGCAUUCCUGUUCCCACUCUUUGCUCCGGCAAUGUAUUCCGGUCUUGGAUAUGGUUGGGGUAACAGCAUCAUCGCGCUGGUCGCAUUCUGUGUCGGGGUGCCGGCACCACUGAUAAUUUGGAAAUUUGGAGAGAGAUUCCGAGCGAAACUUGUUUCGAGUUAUUAA